GGUGCCUGGCGUUUGUGAAGCGCAAAAUCUCAUCGUCUUAUUCUCAACCCAGGAGGAAAGAAAGAGCGAGCGUGAGGCAAAGUGAGCCUUGCAACCCAGUCGAGCUUCAGCUCUCGAACACACACCACGACCAACCAACGCCAAGCUUCACAAGUCGACUUCUUCCCUGCUAAUUAAUUUCCACCCAGGCUUCACCCUGUAAUUGCAUACGCGGUGAGGUGUGAGACCAAAGCGUGCUUGUUCGACUACCACCACUCGGAACAAUAAUGGUAACAAUUUGCGGUGCAGUACAAUAGUUGCGAGAAAGUCCACGCCACGACACAAUUGCACGUUUUGCAUAUUAUGUGUUUGUCACUACUAUGGAAUCCUCCUUGUCUCGAGAAAACCAUUGUCUUGUUGCAACUGCUUAGUUUCACUCGGGGAGGGAAAAUUGUGGUUCGGAGUUGCGAUAAUUGAGCCAAUUUCUUUAAGAGCAGCCUCUGAAUCUGAAAUGUAAGGGCUAUGAAAUGAAAUGUGAUGGUUGUGAUAAGUCUUGUACACACAUAUAUCGAAUAUAAUGGCAAUGGUGCGUGCAUUAACUUUUCCUUUGUCGUAGGAUCUGUGUAAAAGUUGAGAAUAAAUUUAGUCACGAGACACACAAUGUUGUAAAGUGCUGCAAAUGGAAAGUUAAGACGAUGUGGUGCAGAGUAUUUUUACCAAACGUACUAAAUCGUGUCUGGGGAAAACUAGUGGAGCUUCUCCCUCGGACAUAAAUCUUGGCUUAUUAAUGGCAAGGCAAUUCUACUGAUGAGAAUGUUUUUUAUGAGGCCACUUGAAUUAAAUGGAGACAAUGAGAAUAAGAAUAAGUGGGUGGUGAAAGUAAGUAAAUUGAAAUCGUGGUCCUCCUGCUGCCACUGCGACAAAAAAUGUGCCCAUGGACUUGGGAAAGUUGGUCUGAAUGCCUAACCAAGAAUUUGGUUAAAAGUCGUCGUCGAGCUGGUUGACUGAUAAUAAGAACUUUUUGUAGUUGACAGAAAAAUGGGAGAAAGUGGAGUGAUUCCGGGAUUGAGUGAGUUCGAACUUUCACAAAUAUCGGAGGGGUAUUUUGAGAAUGUGUCCUAUCCCCUCUCCGACUGGCAUAAGAGCUCCUUGGAAAACGUCACGUACGUUGGGAUCGAGUGUUUGAUCUACAUGUGGUUCACAGUACAGCCCAAACUGACUCCUGGAACUUACUGCAACGCAACUUACGACAACUUUUACUGUUGGCCACCCACGCCAGCGGGAGAGACUGUGACCCGAGCCUGUUCCAGCAUUUUGGAAGCCACCUAUGACAAAUCCGUUGCUCAGCAUAUUAAAGGUCAGGCGAUCCGAGUUUGCUUGGAGAAUUCGACCUGGUUGUGGGGAAGCUGGACCAACUACUCCAUGUGUGCAGACGAGCUGGAAGCCUACGAGAAAGUCUCCGCAGCCGAGUACGAAGAGGAGCGAGACCUUGUGGUCCAAGUGCGGUACAUCUUAUUCAUUGGGUCAAUCCUCUCCUUCGUCUGUCUCGUGUCCUCCCUGUUCAUCUUCUACUACUUCAAAUGUUUGCGCUGCGACCGUGUUACCGUUCAUGUCCACCUGAUGGUCGCCCUGACUCUGCGAUGUAUCCUCCUCGUGGUCAUCACGGAACCCUUCAUUUUCCAUCGCGAGAAACACUACCGCAACGUGGAUUUCGUGUGCAAAACCGUGCUAUCCAUCAACUUGUACGCAACAGUUACAAGCAUCCACUGGAUGUUUUUACAAGGAGUGUACCUCCAUGGGAAGCUAACAACCAACGUAUUCGACAAGGGCACUCCUUUCAAAAUCUACUACGCCGUCGGUUGGGGACUUCCACUCGUGCUGAUCUGCAGUUGGGCUUCGGCGAUGGAGAUGUUUCAUCCCGUGGAAUGCUGGAAGGAUUACAGUGAUCAACCGUACAUUUGGGUGCUGCUCGGGCCAAUGAUAUGUGCUCUCGUGGCCAAUCUUCUCUUUCUCAUCAACAUUAUGAGAAUACUUUUGACCAAAAUUCAGCUGUCCACUUCAUCCGGAGAUGCUGCUCAGUUCAGACGAGCAGUUAAAGCAACUAUAUUGUUGUUCCCACUCCUCGGGAUAAACAACCUCCUUUUCCUCUACAAUCCGGGGGGAGGGAUGAAGCGAACUUUUGUCAUUCUUAACACAGUAUUCCAGUCUACACAGGGCAUCUUUGUCUCGGUCCUCUACUGCUUUUUGAGCAGUGAUGUAAGGGACGCCAUUCGUCGGCAGUACAGAAGGUUUGCUGCUCGUCGCAGUGCAAACAGCGUUCGUCGGAAUGCCCGCAGCAACCGGAGCUCCAAGUACGGCAACGGGGAGACCUUCUGCAUUGGUCCCACCACGGGCGAGCAAAGGGCCCUCUUCAUCACUCCCACCCACUUCAGGAGCAAGUUUAGGGCGGCGGAGUCGUCUCGAAGUCAACCAAGUAAGAGCCCCUCGCCCGAGACCAUCAACAACAUCUUGCCCUCGGAAACACCGUCACCCCCUCGCCCAACGGCCUGAAUGGUGAUCACCACGUCCUUGGCACGACGACCCCCUCGAGCAUCAUGGGCUGCGGGGUGAUCGGGGUUGGGAGUGGCGCCAGGAAGGAUAAUCGAUGCCAACAAGUCAGCAUUCCCAUGAGAGACUUCACUAACCUACUCAAGAAGAACUAAAGAAUAACUGAGGAUGAUGGCUCCUUCUUCCGCUCCUCACUCCGUUAUUUUGUUGGCUCUUUGUUGGUGUGAGAAUGGAGAAUAUUCGGAUUGAAGAAGGAGGAGAGAGCCGAGGAGCCAGGGUCGUCGUCGAAUGGUGGGCGAUAUGCGCCUCAUACAUAAAAUUGAUUGACCCGAAUAACUGAAAUAUUUCCCAUACUACUCUCUUUUAUGACACUGAAGGAUGAAUGUGAAAAGUGUCAAAACGAGAGAAAGUCGAUCGAUGUAUCCCGAGAAUGUGGUUGUCAAUUUGUUGUCAUACUUAAUAAUGUUCGGUGUACAUACACUGCGUAUAUGAAAUUCAAUGUCGUCGUCGCCCUCAUUGUUGGUCCUUGGUGUUGUUCAUCCCGUCGUUGUUGCGGUGAGGUUGACUGAUUAAAUGUACAUAUUCUGAAAAGUCAUGGGGAGAAAACUUUGUUCGAUCUCGCAGCUAUGUGACGUGAUUAAAUGUGAAAUGGGUUUAUUUGGUGACGAGCCAGCGACAUUUAUUAUUUCAUUAUCUAUAUCAACAAAACGUAACCUUUUGUACCUGUACCCCUGUAACGUACGUACAUAUUUCGAUGUUCUUAUUCCGUACACUUAUUUAUGCAUGAAGAGAGGAAAUGGGACGGAUUUUUGGUGUUGCAUCUCAAUAUUGUCUGUUCUCGUUAAAUAUAAGAAAUAUAUAUUAAAGAUAUAUAUUAAAGACUAUUGUACGUGUUCGGGAGACCAAGCCAUGAAGCGCAUGCAGCAGAUGCAGGCUAAAGUGCAAGAUGUAUGUUAAGUGACUACAUAUUCAUUGGAUUUAUGACGUGUAACGUAAAUAAAAGUAAUUUGUACUUGACACUCUGGAA